AUGGCACCAGCAGCAUUACAACUAGAUGCUACAACAGAGGCAGUUGAGCGGGCUGACCUUCGAGAUAUUUUACAUCUGAGGAAAAACCUUUUAAGAGCAACAUUAUCUCAUCUUAAGUGGAAGGGUUAUUCUAUGUGGAAUGAGCAAAUGGCUUUGCUCAUUCCCAGUGCUGCGUAUGCUCUUUGUGUAGGUUAUGUUCCUUUUACUCAAUGCUUUAAAGAACUUCCUAUGGUUCACAACUAUUUUGAUGUCACUGAUGCUCAAGAGGACUCUCAUAAGUUUGAAGACCCUAAACACCAAUGUUUACUUGCAUUUUUGGAUUGCUCUGUGGAAGUUCUUACAGAAAUUGAGAAGAUUUCCGAAGUUGAGGCUUCUCAAGUGAAAAUAUCUCCACAUGUUCGGGUUUCCCGGGAAAUAAGUGAUCAGCUAUUGUGUGAAAUGGAGGCUUCUAUUCUUGGAGCUUUGGUGGUAGAGGAGAUUAACAAGUGGCGUUUGCUUGAUACCCUAUUACUAUGUUCUCUAUUGUCUAACCUACUUUAUGGUUAUUAUUUCACAAGGAAAAUUAAUGUUUCAUUUUGUUCGAAAUUAAGCCAAUACUUGCAACUGAUGCUUGACAAUGUUGUAAGAAUUAUUCAAGAUGACAGUGACCUCCAGGCUUUUAGUUGCUUAGGUUGUGAUCCUAUUUAUGAUGAUGUGAAUCCUCUUGUUUCUUCCGUGCAUUGUUUUCUUUCAUCCCCGUUAUGUAUGGAAUUGAGGGAUCACAAUUUGAUGGGCUUUGCCCCAUUUGGUGAGUUAAUUCCAUCUAUGGAGAGACUAUUGAAAGCUUUUGUUAAUCUAUAUGAAAGUUAUUCUCAGCAUAUGAUGAAUCUUCAGUCUGAUACAAUUACACAAGAGAUACCUGCUACUGAUAGUAUUCAAAGUUCUUUUCCAAAUGACAGCAGUAAAAGCAGGAUUAUGGACAUGGAAUUGGAUGUAAAUGAUGAUUCUAGAGAGAUUGAUAGUUUAGCAGUUGGAAAAAAAGUAGGCAAUGAUGUUUCUUCUUCUGCAGAGAAAUGGAAAAUGGGCAUGAUAUCGCUUAUUUCCAGUUUUUUCUCUGCAUCUCACCUUACCUGGGAUAUCCUCUUUAAGUUAAUGGAGAAAGAAAAUGAUCCAAAGGUGCGUGGAAAAAUAUUGUAUCAUCUCUGUCAGCAUCCUCUCUGGUCUUCCUCUGGAAAAUUUAUUGAUUUGGUCAAUGUAAUGAAUGAUAUCAUUAUUGAGCAAGUUGGAGUUAAGCAUUCCUGUGAUUCUGUAUUGAUUUCUGCUCAUAUUCUACUAAUUAACUUAUCUUCCUUGGAUGCUGUUGGUAAGGAAAAAUGUGGCCUGUAUUUAUCGGAAGUGGAAACAAAACAGUGCUUUCUAUUACUAGGAAAUGUGAUGCAUAAACUUUCAGAGGUUGAUCUUGAUUGGUUUGGACGGGUGAAACUUAUUGAUUCCAUUUGCAAUCUUGUUUUACUCCAUCCACAAAUUGGUCAGACUAUGAUAGAACGGUUAUUUUUUAUGCUUAAAGAUAUGGACUAUCGAGUUCGAUUAUUCUUGGCAAGGAGGAUUGGUGUUCUUUUCCAGACAUGGGAUGGUCAUGAAGAGCUUUUUCAGGACAUUUGGUUUCAGAUGGUUGUCUACUGCAAAGGAAAAGUCAUCAAUGCAAAGCAGGUGCUAGCUGCUGGUUCUCAGCCUCAACCUAUAAUGGAAACAGUUGUGAUUACUCUCAUGCAUCUUGCUUUACACAGUGAGGAAAUUGAGUUAGAGGCUGUUUUCAUGAUAUGUGUGGUUGCGGCCAUUGAUCCUUAUCAUAGGGAACUAGUCUGUGCGGUUCUUGACAAUCUUUCUAGAGAGCUUCAGUAUAUGACUAGAAUGAAGUACCUAGAAGAGCUUUUGGGAUCAGUUAUCUUUUGUUGGGUUGAAUGUGGUGUAAGCUUAGCUGCACUUGUUGAGGCUAAAGCUUCACGGACAGUUUUUGGAAUGAUCACAGAAGAAAUAGAAGAAAGACAUGUAUAA